AUGACGAUUUCAGUCUCGAAUCAUGUCGGAGCAAAGCAUCCUGCUCUCGCUGCUGCCAAUUUAACCACCAGCAACCGAGCAUCCGUGUCAAGAGCCACAUCUGUUGCUGUAGCUGCCAAACUGAACCAGAACAAGCAACAGACGGAGCGAAGAAACGAGGCGGCGUGGCCUUUCGAGAUGAUGGCCAACGACCGUGCCUCUCGUCUAGGUCACGACAUCGCCGAUGCCCACCUAGAGCGCCUCUUCAGUAAACAGGUCGUCGGGGGAUCCUCCCCGCCUCCCGGCAGAGAUCCCUUUUGUCGCCUCCCUGCCCGCGUCGCCUACCAGGGCUCCCGCGGUUCCUACUGCCAGGAGGUCGCCGCCCGCGCCUUCCCCUCCUCCGCCGCCGCAGCCACCCUCCUCCCCUGCUUCCUCAUGGAGGAUGCCUUCACCGCCCUCGAGGACCUAACCGCAGACAGCGCCGUCGUCCCCUUCGAGAAUUCCCUCGACGGACCCAUCGACCGUAACCUCGACCUCCUCCUCCGCCACCCAAGCGUCCGCAUCCUCGCUGAGCUCGUCCUCCCCGUCAACCACUGCCUCCUCUCCCUCUCCGGCGCCUCCAAAUCUGCCCUCCGCCGAGUCGUCAGCCACCCGCAGGUGCUUUCCCACUGCCGUCGGAGCCUGGAAGCACUAGAUCUCAAAGUCGACGAAGUUACCAGCACCGCCGACGCUGCACUUUUCGUGGCGGAGAACCAGGUCGCCGACACAGCGGUGAUCGGUAGCCGGAUCGCCGCGCACGAGUUCGGCCUGCGGGUACUCGAUCCCAAUUUCCAGGACCGCCAGGUGGCAGGUAACUUUAACCGAUUCUUCCAGCUUGGACUCUCUACUGCCGCCGAGACGGCGUACUCGGCCCCAGUGAAGAAGAAGACAACCUUAGCCUUCGCGCUCGAUGGCGGGCCGUCGGAUCUGUUCUCCGCGAUGUGGAUCUUCGAGAGACACGGCGUAAGGGUGGCACGCGUGGACCACCGGCCCAACCGCGAGAGGCCGCUCCGGAUAGUGGACGUGGCCGGAGAGAAGGUGGCGUACUUAGAUUACGUAUUCGUGAUGGAUGUGGAAGGGAGCGCAUCGGACGCCGCUGUCGAGGCCGCGAUAUCGCGCUUGACGGAGAUCGCCGCCUUCACACGCGUGCUCGGCUGCUACUCCUGCACUGGCCACUCACGUUGA